CUCAUGCAUUUUCAUUAAGACCAAAUAGAGAUUCCUCCUUCCUACUUAAUAGUGGUUAUUAACGUCAACAACAAAAACUUCUUAGCCAUUUCACCAUUAACUAUGGAUAAUUCCAUGAGCCUCGAGUCAUUGCUCUCCAUGCAAGGCGGAGACGGUGACGUCAGCUUCGACAAAAACAGCUUCGGUGCGGCCGCAGCGAUAGCCUCGAGCGAACAAAUGCUGACGUCAGCCAUCCACUCCAUGGAGCUCACCCAAGGAGUUCACAUACAGAUUGCCAAUUUAGGCAUCGGAGACGGAGGCCACACGUUUUCCAUGGUGGACACGGUAGUUGAGGUGUUACGGCGGAAGCUGGCCGUGAUUAACGGCGGAACCGAGCCAGAGUUUGAAGUCUACUUCUCCGACCUGCGCCUUUCGAAUAGAUUCUUCUCGUCGUUUCGACCGUUGGAAGACAGAGUUAACGACUGGGGGAAGAAGUACUACACCUAUGGCACUUCCCUCCCGUUCUAUAUGAGGCUGUUUCCAAAAGGAGAGCUCCAUGUUGUUGUGACCACGAGUGCCUUACAAUGGCUCUCUCUGAUACCGAGAAAGGUGAUGGAGAAAGGAUCGAAAACAUGGAAUAAGGGAAGGGCGUGGAUUCAAGGAGCAGAGCGAGAAGUUGUGGAGGCAUACGCGGAGCAGUCACACAAAGACUUAGUCGAGUUCUUGAAAUGUCGGAAAGAAGAAAUUGUGGUAGGAGGAAUGUUGUUUAUGUUAAUGGCUGGUCGACCUUCUGGCUUAGAGAGUCAAGUCAGUGAUGACUCCCGUCUCAAGCUUAUUUUCACAACUUUGAUGGAUCAAGCAUGGCAAGAUCUAGUAGAUGAGGGUUCAAUAGAAGAGGAUAGACGGGAUGCUUUCAACAUUCCGUUGUACCUUAGAAACACUGAGGAAGUCACGGCUGCGAUAGAAAGUUGUGGUGGUUUCAAGAUAGAGAAGAUGGAGUUACUGAAAAUAGCUGACCCUAUGAAUGCUAGACAACAAGAGUUUAUUAAAGAUCCGGAUUCUUACGGUCGAGCCAUGGCUAAUUUGGUGCAAGCUGCUCAAAUAAAGCGAAAGGUUGAGGCCUAUCUCGGUCCUGACCUGACCAACACGUUUUACGAACGGUAUGCAGUUCGAGCUGCUAACAACAAAGAAUUUCUCACGAAGAAUUCUUUCUAUUCUAUGAUCGCUGUUUCAGCGAUUCGGGUUUGGUAUUAAUACACAUAUGCUUAUGUCUACAACAUCGUUUGACGGAUGCUAGCUGAAAUAAGUGAUUAGUAGACUGAAACCAUAUUGUAUUUCAGAUAUAUUAUAGUGUUGUCCUUUACUUUAUCACUCUACACUAUGCAUUGAUGCAAACAGCGGGAUAUGUAAUGUAAUAAAUCGGCAAACCCUCACACUAAUUCUAAUAAUAAUCCAACUAUCCAAUAGUUUCUAAUAAUAA